AUGUUCCCAAAACGACACCAUCUCUGCAGAAAAAUGCAAUAUCUAACACCUCUCAGCACUCUAGGGGCGCUGUUCCUAGCCGGGACAGCAACUAUCUCCGCAAGGGGAGAGCAAGCCGGCAAGUACACAGAUGUCGUUACGAACAUCCGCUUCCGCGGCAAUAUUGAACCAUCAAGCUUCACAUUCGGCCUGAUGACGCCCCAGGAGCCAACGACCGACUUCGUCGCGCAGAUCGUUGCGCCCCUGGUGGACGGUGCCGGAUGGGGCGGCGUCAGUCUCGGGAACUUCAUGACCGGUCCGCUCCUGGUUGUCACAUUGGCCGACGGCGACAAGGUAAUGACCGCCGGCCGCGUACCAACGAAUACAGCAUAG